AUGGCCACGGAGUGUGACGGGGGACGCAGCACCGGCGUAGCGGGCGGCGUCGAAACCUCGGCUGCCAUGACUGCACGCCUCUACAGCUACGUCACGGGCGGACUGACGUGCUCCAUGAUCUACAUCGGAGACCGCCUGAGGCUAUAUGACACGCUGCUCGAACACGCGCCGUGCACCGCGAUGGAGCUCGCGCAGCACGCUAACGUGCCAGGGCUGCAGUGGGUGGAGGAGUGGUGCCUGCAGCAGGCGUCCAUGGACCUCAUUUGCGUCGACGAGGCCACGGGGCGCUUCUGGCUGAACGCCGUGCAGGCGCAGGUGCUCUGCCUGAACCACCGCCGCGGGUCGAGCCACGGCGAGGGCGAGCCUGGGGCAGAGGGCGUCCCGCAGUUUGGUUCGCGGCUCGUGAACAGCGCGGGGCUCUUCGAGAUGAUGCGCGCGUUCAUGACCAAGCCGAACGAGCUGCUCGACAUGUUCCAGGACCCUGGGCGGCGCGACGGCGCCGCGGGCGGGGUGGCCGCGGCCGCUGCUGCGGGCGUCGCCCGCCGGGAGGGGUCGGGGCAUUCUGGCGGCGCCGCGGACUCCGGCAUGGGCGAGGCGCAGGCGUCGUACGAGUCCCGCAUCAUCCCGCCGCCCGCCGCGAACCGCAUCGCCCCGCGGCCCGCGCGCCCGGAGGGCGGUGCGACGUCGCCGCACAACUCGGGCGACCUCCCGCCGAAGCCCAGGGCCGCGGCGCCCGCGGAACCGCCCGCGCGGCGCCACGAGCCGCACUCCGCGGUCCCGGCGGCGCCCCGGCACGACAUUCCGGUGAGCGCCCGCGCGCUGGGGCGCGCGGACCCGCCCGUGUCGAUGGCGCCCAACGACGCCGGGCAGCCGAUGCACACGCUGCGGCGGAGAGCGGUGGACGAGAUCCAGUACGACGUGACGCGCUUCAUGGGCAUGUGGGAGCGGUACGCGAACGCGAGCCGCGCGCUCAGCGUGCCCGGGCACGUGCAGCAGCUGCGCGACGGCAUCGUGGUCGCCGACGUCAACGCCGGCUCGGGCGACAACCUCCUCGCGAUGGCCCAGGCCUACCCGAACUCGACGUUCCACGGGUUCGGGCAGCGCCCGGACCAGCUCGAGUCGUCGCGCAACGCCGCGCGCCGCCUGGGGCUGCACAACGUCCGCUUCUUCGACGGGACCGUGCCCGCGGAGGCGUUCCCGUCGGUCCCGACGUACGACUUCGUGCAGUCGUUCGGCGUCCCGCAGGCCGGCCAGGGCGGCCGGCCGAUUCCGUCGCUGCCGCCGCAUAUGGUCCAGCCGCCGUCGACCGCCGCCCUCCUGCAGGCCGCGGGCGCCAACGUGCAGGACUUCGCGCCGCUGCACGCGGGCAUGAAGCCGAACGCGUUCCUGCUCGCGUCGGACCCGCGCGAGGACGCGUCCGUCCGGCACGACGACCGCGCGGGGGUGCCGCCGUACGGCAUGGACGUGCCCUCCGCGCACAUCGCGGCCGGCGGCGCGUACUACCCGCGGAUCGACGCCGGCCCGACGCGCUCGGGGCCGUACGGCCGCGCCGGCCCGUACGCGCCGAAGCAGUACCCGGCGACGACGCUGGCGAUGGACGCGCCCCUGGCGCACCUGUACGCGUCCGAGGGCCCGCCGCCGAUCCGGCGGCGCGUGGGGACGCUCGAGGAGACGAUGUCGGUGCCCGUGGCGCGCGGGCCGCCCAACAGCGGCGACCUCCCGACGCAGGUGCUGGCCGACACGGGCACGGCCGCGCCCAAGGGUGCGGACGCCUCGCACAUGAUGGGGCGGCUGCAGGAGGCGGGCUUCCGCAACAUCCCGCCGACGCUCGCCUGGAACGACCCCGCGGGCGCGUACUACCUCGCCCGCCGAUGA